AUGUCCGAGGACAUAGUUCCGCCAAAAGGCAAAUGGCCGGCUGAUCCCCAGGAUGAUCUCCCCAUUUCUGAAGACCGUAUAUGGGUGGAUGGCUGUUUUGACUUCAGUCAUCACGGACACGCCGGUGCCAUGCUACAGGCCCGUAGACUAGGCAGAGAACUUUAUGUUGGUGUACAUUCCGAUGAGGCUAUCCUAGAGAAUAAGGGUCCAACAGUGAUGAAGUUGGAGGAGAGAGUAGCUGCGGUGGAAGCAUGCCGAUGGGUAACUCGCUGCGUGCCCUCAGCUCCCUACGUGACUUUUCUGCCCUGGGUGUCACAUUAUGGAUGCAAGUAUGUCGUGCAUGGCGAUGACAUAACCUCCGACAGCAAUGGCGAUGACUGUUAUCGUUACGUGAAGGCUGCAGGCCGUUUCCGAGUGGUCAAGCGAACACCAGGAAUAUCUACAACUGACCUUGUAGGACGCAUGCUUCUCUGUACCAAAGGGCAUUUCGUUAAAAGUGUGAAGGAGACAAUUACUGGGAAAGAAGGCUCCGGUAGCGAGGAGGAACGCGAACAAUCCGGCGAGAAUCUGCUCCAGAGAAUUCAUGACUACGCAACCGAUGAGAGCGGUCUACAGCCAGGAUCAUGUGUCUGGAUCUGGAAUGGUUCCACCUCAGCGAAGCUUGGAAACACGAGUGAAGAGUCGGGAUCAUUUAAGCAGAUCGUCACAGGAAAGCUACCCAAGCCGGGGCAACGUAUUGUGUAUGUUGACGGAGGCUUUGAUCUAUUUUCUUCUGGUCAUAUUGAAUUCUUGCGCCAGGUCAUUGAGUCAGAAAGAUUUCAGGGCCACCAACAGCAUUGGUAUGAUCCUGAGAUUAGGGAGAAGAGAAUAAAGGAAUAUGGUGAAGAUUAUGAGCCGGCAUUUGUUGUUGCCGGCAUUCAUGAUGAUGACGUCAUAAACCAUUGGAAAGGGCUCAACUACCCCAUCAUGAACAUCUUUGAGCGUGGACUAUGUGUCCUUCAGUGUCGAUACGUCCAUGCCGUUGUCUUCUCUGCUCCCUUUUCCCCAAGCCAGCCAUAUUUGGAAGCAAUGCCUCUGGGUGCGCCAGAUGCAGUUUAUCAUGGUCCUACCACGUUCAUACCCCUCACCUACGAUCCUUAUGUCGCUCCAAAGAAGAUGGGUAUAUUCAAGGAAUCUCCCAGUCAUCCCUACCAGCACGUCAAUGCUGGGGAAAUUGUCGACAGAAUUUUGAAGAGCAGAGAGGCGUACGAGGCCAGACAACGUGCCAAAGUUGAGAAAGGCAUUGUUGAGGAUUUAGCGAAGUCGAGAGAGGCAAGUAAUGUGUGAACCGCGGGUGGCAUCCACCAAGGGUCAUCCAGGAUGAUGGAUCAGUGUUGAUAGUCGGACGAUAAGCAGUUAGAGAUGAGAACAAUGUUGGGCGUAGCUUUGAGGCUCCAACUUAGACUUGUUGAUUUGUUGUGAUGUUUAUGCACAUAUCUUGAAAAAAUCUCGAAGGUGCCUCGCCCCUGGGGGUUUCAACUUCCUAAAGAGAAUGUGAUGUUACAGAAAUAGAACAUCAGAUUUAGGAUUUCGAUAUUCUUUCCGGUGAGACGAGGUAGGCGAACAAUCCGCAGGGUUGAAUUGGGGAGCUAAGCCAGAGCGCAAGACAAAUGUACAUACAAUAUGAAU